CGGAGCUUCCAACGCCGGCACAAAGCGUAGACCGACGGCGCACUAGCGGACGGACCGGGCGACGGCGACGGAUCCUUCCCUCCAAACUCCGACCGCCAUCACUAAAGCAGUGCCGCUUGCUAGUUACGUAUAUAGCUAGCUCUGCACGUCAAACGCCCGCCGCGCAGUGCAAGAAAGGAUCGUUCGAGUGUGCGACCGAGCGAGCAGCUGCAGUCUUGUCAAGGAACAAGAACACCGGCCGUCUGCACUCUGCAAAGCUCGCAAAUCCGCAGCAGCAGCAGCUAUUUUGGCGGGCGAUCCAGCUCCGCCAACGCCACAAACUGACCGCCGAAACUAGAACAUGACCCAACUGUACGUCGGGAACUUGUCUGCGGAUGGAGACGAGAAAGCCAUCCGGGCACUCUUCUCCAACUACGGCGUGGUCCGCGAGGUCCUCAUGAAAAACGGCUAUGCCUUUGUCGAGUUCGAAGAUGCCCGUUCUGCGGACACAGCCAUGAGGGAUCUGAACGGUUCUGACAUUCUUGGACACCCUAUGAUUGUGGAACCCUCACAUCAGCAAAGACUCAGCUCCAGAAGAAAGCCGAUGUGCGGUCGUGUAGAAGUUGUCUCAAUUCCACCACCCAUGACCCUGCAGCAAAUAGAGCAUCUCCUCACACAAUUUGGGCCAGUGCUAAAGAUGGAGAUCGAAGAAAGUGACUUUGGCAUGAAGAAGAUUGUUGCCACUUUCGAGUGUCAGGAGAGUUCGCAAAGGGCUGCGGCUACCUACGGCGACGAACACUGCACUCCCCGGGUAAGUAUGUAAGAGACAACCGGUGGUUUAUAUGGAUAUUACGUCACAGGUGUUGUAGUGCAGUAUACAUUAUAACCCCUCUCUAAGGAAAUUAGGACACCUCCCUAAUAAGGACACUUUUUCCUUCCCCACAAAUAGUUGAUUUAACCCCUGAAAUAAGUACACCUCACUAAUAUGGAAACUUUCUGCUGGAGGUUACACUAUGCAUAUUAUAACCCACAGCAUACAGUGAUACAAUCUUUGGUAAUGCGAUGUAGAAAAAGUAUAUAUGCAAUGGCAGAUUUGCUGAGCUGUGUUAAGAAGACUAACACAUACGGUACCUGUUGGAGCCUUCUAAGUACACUACAACUGUACUACCUCACUGGCUUAACUGAAAAUGUAGUAUAUACAAAGAUGAUAUCGUUGCAGUCUUACGCGGCCUCUCCGUCUCCAAAAGUACAUGUAAAGUACUCCAAAAUGGGUUGCUGAGUACAGUGGAACCCCCUCUAAUCUGGACACCAAUCUGACACAAGAAAAUGUCCAUAUUAGUGAGCUGUUGGCUAAACUAGAAUACAAAAACUGUUUUUGGGAGAAAUAAAGGUGUCUUUAUUAGAGAGGUAAUCUUUAGAGAGUGGGAUUGCAAUCAGGGUUUUAGCUAGGACCAAAUUUAAGGAGGGUGGUAUUUCAACAACAUGUAUACACAGAAGGUAACUUACACACAUAUAGAAAGCCAUUACGCCGACUUAUGCCAAGCUGACACCGAUCUGCCUGUGGUGUCAUGGUACGUACAUCGCAUGAUGACAUAAUCGCUUCCUUUAUUGGGGAAGUAGGGGUUGUCCUGUGGCACAAACACUGGAGAGUAAGAGAGCAUUUAGAAGGUUAGUAUUGCUCCCGGCUACUACAGAGCCGGUAAUCCCAGCGCUCAAAUUUGGACAUUAGAUACGCCUGUUCCCAUGUCCUUAGAGAGAAGUUAGUGCAGCUGGAAAUGUGCCUGCAUUUGACGCAAGGG